GGAAAGCGGCAGAAGACACCGCAGACCGGCGGCCGUAGCCACACUUCCAUGCACAGAAGUAUUUCUCGGGUGCCUUGGCUGUGAGAUGUAAAGUGGAGACAUGGCAGAGAGUGACGCAAGUGGGGAAAGAAGAAGCAAGGACGACGGGAAACAAGGUGGCAGACCUCUACAGGAGACCCACAGCCUCGCUCUUGGCCUCUCCCCGGUUGGUGCCCCCUCCCUUGGGACCAAGAGGCAUCUCCCUCGAGGGAUUGUGAUCCAGCUGACUGGGACAGAGGGGGAAUGGGACAGUCUGGACGACAGUGAGCUCAUCUUCUCGCUGGACCACGAUGAUGACUACCCCUCUAUCUCCCUCUCUAAGGAGAGGCAGCUUUCUGUUGAGGAUGACAGAGGGUUGCAGUCCCAAGCUUUCCACGUCCCUCUUUCUCCCUCGUCCCCUGGCUCUCUGGGCAACUGCUCCGCCACUGGCCCUAGCUUCCUCUCCCCAGGCCCUUCUUCACCCACCCACCGACCCCUUGCAAGCCUGGUCAAAUCUCUCUCCACAGAGCUGGAGCUCAAAGAAGGCUCCACCCUCAGACCUAAGCCCCUUCUCAGCCUUGUCAAGUCGAUCUCCACGGAGAUCUCCCGCUCAGAGCCCGAGGUGUCGCAGUCAAAAUCAGACUCCCGCCUCAACCUCCACCUGUGGAAGCAGCUUACCCAAUCGAAAACCCGCAGCAACGGGGACUCCCGCACUGCGCCCCCUUCUCCUAGCUCACUCUCCCCGAGUGGAGAGGCUCUGAAAGGGGGCUUCUUCAAAAUGGAAUUAGAGGACACCAAGAGGAAGCUGUCGGAGGCUGUGCACGAGCCUCUGAGCAGCAUGUUCAGCAAGAUCAUGAGGGAGGAGAGCGUAGGCAGCCCCAAACACCAGGGUAGGACCCAGGCUGCUCACCAGGUCAGCUCCAGGGGUUUGGGGCGUGAAGGCAGCACAGACACGGUUCUUUCUGAGUCUCCUGUGAGGAACACUAGAAGAACAGAUGCAGAUGUUUUGCCGGUGUUUGACUGGCCCUCUGUUAGGCAUCCUGGGAGAAGUCACUGUAGCCACUGCCCUGUGCAUCACAACAGACAACAUCACAGGGACGAGGAGCUGGAAAUAUGUACAGACGGCGACAUGAUGCAAAUAUUGGCCAUUGAGACUCAUGGGAAGUUGAGGGGAACACCUGCUGCACCUCAGGUUGUUGCACCACCCCUGGUUCGGACUUCUCCCCGUUCUCAACCCCAUCAUCCUCUGCCGCGCAUGAGUUUAUUCUGCGUGGCAGUGCUGUCCUAUGGCUAUUUCAUCCUGCCGCUCAGUCCAUACUUCUCGGGCCUGGCUCUGGGAUUAGCAUUGGGCUUCUUGCUAGGAUUGCUGCUCAUCAGGAUGGGUUCCUCCAGGUCUCGCUGCUCAGAUGCUCCAUACAGACCCCCACAGACUCUUUUGGGAGAGGGGAUUAUGACAGGAGGCACUGUCACCACUGAGCCUGACACCCUCAAGGGCUGGAUGAAUGAGAUACAAGACUACGACCCUGAAAUUUACCAUCCAGCGCUGAGUCACUCCGUGUUUGCCACCCUGGAGGGCUCCUGUCUCCGUCUGGACUCCCCGCGUACCAACAUUAGUCGCAGGGCCACGUAUGACGAGAGAGUCCCCGAGGCCGCCUUCGUCAAGUCACGCUGCUUUCAGCUUGCAAAGAGCAAAGUAUUCCUACUGCCAUCUGUGUUGGCUCGGAAGAGGGUGUGGAACCCAAAGUAUCCCAUCUGCAUCCAACUGGCGGGGGGAGCGAACUCCCAGGGGGACGAGGGAGGAAGGUUGGACGAUAGUUUCAGGGAGGAGCCAGGAGCAGAAGCAGCGAGUCCACGGCAGACUUCCUCCAAACACCCUUCCCAUGACCCGCCCACCACUCUUUACCUCUUCGGCCGCACGGGACGAGAGAAAGAAGAGUGGUUUCGUCACUUCCUGUUCGCAUCCACGGAUGCAGAGAGGGACAAACAGAGGCCUGGCAGAUGUGCGUCCAGAUCGGCUAACCCAGCGCUGGUGCGGAGCGUUAGCGCCUCAGGUAAUGCACCAAGCAGCAGAGGCUCCAGCAGAGUGGGCAGCAGCGAUGAUGACGCCCCCUCCUCGCCUCCACCGUGCUCCUCCGCGGCUCACGUGAGUAAGACCCCCGGCGGCACCAGGGGCCCCACACUAGACUAUACCCGCUACAUGGCUCGUCUCCUGGUCGCAGAGGAGGUGACCCCCCUCCCCAGCCCUGGAGCGAGCAGCACAGAGACAAGUCCCACCAUCAAAGCCAACUGUACCUGUGAUCUAGCAGAGCACCCUGGGACCAGCCAGACUGCAUGGGCUAACGCUCUAAUUGGCCGAAUCUUCUGGGACUUCCUGCGAGAGAAGCACUGGGCCGACGUGGUCUCCCACAAGAUCCAGAAGAAGCUGAGCAAAAUCAGACUGCCUUAUUUCAUGAAUGAGCUGACUCUGACUGAGUUGGAUAUGGGCUGCUCUAUGCCCCACAUCACCACUACCUCCAGACCAGAGGUCAACCACAGAGGCCUGUGGGUGGAGCUGCAGCUGGUCUACACCGGUGCCCUGCAGAUGACCCUGCAGACCAAGUUCAACUUGUCCAAGCUGGGUAAAGAGGGCGGUCAGGAUGCGGAGUGUACCACUGAAGCUGGCAGCCCACGCUGCCUGCCCAUCUUCAGCGUGCUGGCAGACAGCGAUGAGGAGUCCUCCAGCGCUGGUUCGUCUGAUGAGGAAGAGCUGCUUCUGUCUGAGCCUCAGGGUCCAGUGGGGGAGAAGGGAUCCACACCGGCCACUGAUGGGACAGGGGGUGGGAAGACCGGGAGGAAGAUUUUGAGAUUUGUGGACAAAAUCGCUAAAUCCAAGUACUUCCAGAAGGCGGCAGAGAACGAGUUCAUUAAGAAGAAGUUCGAGGAGAUGUCCAACACGCCCCUGCUGCUCACGGUGGAGGUCCAAGAGCUGUCGGGGACUCUGGUGGUCAACAUCCCGCCGCCCCCUACAGACAGGAUAUGGUACAGCUUCUGUGUGCCCCCAAAGCUGGAUCUGCAUGUCCGACCCAAGCUCGGAGAGAGGGAGGUGACUUUAUGUCAUGUGACCGAGUGGAUUGAAAGGAAACUGCAAGAUGAAUUCCAGAAAGUGUUCGUGCUGCCAAACAUGGAUGACAUCUACUUACCGCUGAUGAACUCUGGGGCAGACAGCCCUCAAGCAUCGCAGCGUCUGUCCUCUCAGUCCCAACGGUCCCAAAGCUCCUCCACAGAGUCCAUAGAGAGGAUCCCACCUGAGAUCUCUGGGGCAGAGUCUGACUAGUGCCUCG